CAGCUUAUGACAGGGUCAACAAAAACAUUCUUACACAGAAAAUGAGUUUGAUUAUCAUCGCCUGUGCAGAAUAGACACCCGAUAGACCUACAUCUCCUCUGAUAAAGUCACAACAUACCAGUUACUGCUACUCCACAGAUAAAGUCAGCAAAGAUGCUGGGAAUUGUUUCUGAAUUAUACACCAUGAUGCCAGCCCUGAUGCUGAAGACUUUUGUGGUUGUCCUUCUUGGAACCGCUCUCAUGACUGCUACAGUGCUUAAUGGACAUUUUGUUGGGGCGAAAGUCGAACUUGGCGUGGAACACUAUGCUGAAAGAAUGCAUCCAAUUGUUGCCGAGAUAUUUCCAUCCUGGUUGACAAUGCCCCUGAACACGAUCAUAAACAUUGGCUACGUCAUCGUCGGUGCUGCCUGGUGUGCUUACACAUCCCUUGCUCUGCUAGGAAACCAAAUCGGAAAAAAUGAUGCAAAGAUGUUUUACAUUUUCAAUCUGGCAAGUUGCUGCUAUGGACCAAUUCAGAUGCUUCGUAUUCUGACUCACAUGCAUGGUUUUGGUGUGCUGGACCAGUGGUAUACCUUACCUUUCUUCAUGUGGGUGUUCCUAUGGGGUGUGCAUCUUGUUCGAGGAUGGAGUGCAUUUUGGAACAUACUUUGGGUUCUUGUGUCCGUGCUUAGUUAUUCUUUCGUUCUGAUCAACCCCAUUGGUUUUGAAAUAUGUCUCGGUAUUCACGUUAUGUUAGCGGUACUAGGAGCGCUUCUCGCAUGGAAUUCUAAUCCUCAAGCAUACUGUCUGAAAUAUUUUAUCUUGGCUACUCUUUCGUGCUGUGGGUUUGUCAUUUUGAAACUUCUAGAUUUAGAACUGCCAGAAUAUGCAAGCAUAUUUUCGCACAUAUCUGGACAUUUCUUGUCUAAAAUUUGUGACAUUCUCCAAAUUCAUUUUGUAAACUGCUUUUUUCUUGAAGUUACUUUGGCAAGUUGUGCUAAGAAAAGGAAGAAGGAUUGAAGAAUGACUAUAAUAUAUUGCUGUGAACUUCACAUUAAAUUUGAUUAUUAAUUAAUUAUUAUACAUAACCUGGGUUUAGCCAGGUUUAAAAAAGAAGACAGGGUGUUGCAGAAGAAUGACCCAGUUCUAAGGUAGAAAAGGGCAUGUUACACCAGGCUGUGAAAAACUGGAACAUCAAGAAUUUGACAGAAAAAUUAAGAGAUUGUGUUUAUUUAAAGUAAUAAUUAUCAGGUUUUUACAGCAAUAUAUGUAAGUAUUUAUAAUCAAAUUAUAAGUUUUUAUCAAGACAAAAGAAAUAUUUGACAAUGACUGGAGCUUCUAAUUCUAUGAAGCCAAAGGGUGCCAAUGCCGGGAGGGUCGCACUCGCCUCAAAAAAAGGGCAGCGAAUGUAACAUCACCAUUCCAGUUAACUGUUUUAUAGCUAAAACCCUAUAAUAUACAUGUAGUAUUAUGCACCAGUCAAUUGUAACCACAGCCCCCCCCCCCCCCCCCCCCCCCCAGGUCCAGAGGUAUACAGGGGAAUAGCUUGGGAAAUGGGCCGUGUUUUUACCUUCCCUCAGUGCUGGGUGAAUUCGUUGGUUUUGUCUUCGCGCCAAAAAUAGCGGGAAAUGGGCCUUACCUAGGAUCUCUGGGUGCGGGGCCAUUUCUGGCUUCUGCAGCAGUUCAUCCUCUCAUGGGUCAAGUCCCAAAAGUCAAAGUCCCUGCUAUUCCCCGGACCUGGGGGAGCCAUGGUUACAACUGACUGGUGCAUUACUAGCUUUUUCCUUUAUCUGUAUAUCAAUUUGCUUAUUAUUUUAGCCUUAUAGGUAACAUUUACAUUUGCUUUGUAUUUGUUUUGUUUUUGCUAAAAUACUUAAUGUGCUUUUGACAUUAAACUAUUAAUACUGAA